GGUUUUAAGAAAUUGUCAUGUCAUGAGCCACUAUAAGAGCCCCGUGCCAGUGGUCAAGGCUCAUCGAGAAAGGCGUUGGGGGCUCGCGUGCUACAGGCAUAGACAAGAGCGUCGUCACCAUGAGGCUCAUUGCCAGCCUUCUCACCUGCUUCCUCCUGGUUGGCGAUGUGCAGGGCAACUGGGAGGGUUCAUUGCAACGGGUGUUGAGCUAUCCAGGCACCUGCCACAAACAGCUGCAGGGCUCGGGUUACUUAACCAUACCCUACAACGAGAGUUGCCUCUACACGAUGAACGUUGACGCAGAUGAAGUGGUCAGCCUCUCUCUGAAUUACUUUUUUCCCUACUGCCUGAACAACACCACUGGAGUGAGCGUGCAUGAUGGACCAGACAAUAUGGCACCCAUUUUAUCCACGUUUUCCUGCGGCUAUAAUACUGCAGGCCUCGUGUCAACAAACUCAACCCUCUCUGUAUACUACUUCCAAAGUAGCAACAAUUAUUCCUUAUCAUACGUCUACAUCUCAUUCUAUGCAUCACCUGCUUCCUCAAGGUGUGGGGGGAGGCUGGAUGCUCAAAAUAUGAUGCUGACAUCUCCAAACUACCCACACAACUAUGAGUACAACUCCAGUUGCACUUGGGAAGUCUACGCUCCACCCGGAUCUGUUAUUUAUCUAUAUAUCAAUGAUUUUGAGGUACUGGAUGAGCCCGGGGCUGAUAGAACUCGCAGUCACAACCGGCAGUGCGACCACGACAGCCUCACCGUCCUGGAGAAUGACAAAGGAAGCAGCUCGGUGGUGACUCGUCUUUGUGGGAUCCUGCCAGCCAGCCAAGUGUCCACCACUGGCAACAUGACCCUGCAAUUCACCUCGGAUGGCUCGGGGAAUGGAAGGGGGUUUAGCCUUAGCUUAUACCGUAACGAGAACGUCUGUGGAGGAACACUGGAAGGUACUAAUGGUACUUUUGGCAGCAACUACAGUUAUCAGUCCUGUUAUUGGCAUAUCACUGUCCCCGAAGGAAGCGUCGUCCACAUCAAUGCAUCAUCAAAUUGCAGUUGGUACAGCUACUAUCAAUGGGCAAUCUACGAUGGCGACUCCACGUUUGCACCUAUUCUCAGCCAAGGAUACAGUUUCUUCUACUGGGGGUGUGCACAAUUUUCUGUAAAAUCAACGGGGAACAGUGUCUUAAUCCGCUACUAUGGGGAAGGAUUCACAGCUACCUACACAGCAGUCGCUGCGGAUCAGUCGUUUGACUGUGAUUUCAAUGGAGGCUUCUGUGGCUGGGGAUCCUGGUCUGAAGAUGUCUUUCACUGGGACAUAGUGGACAGUCGGUUCUAUCCAUCAUAUGAUGGGAGUUCCUUCACUGGAGUACGCAUAAGAUCUCAACCCAGGAACGGCGCGCAAUUGAAAAGCCAUCUGCUGAGCCCCGUCUUGCAGCCUUUCAAUGGAACUCGCUGCCUUCGCUUUAAAUUUGGACCUUACAACAGUGCCAGUCUCACGCUCCGCGAUGCAUCGGGCCGCGGGGGCAUGGUGGGGGACGGGAAUCUUCCCCUGCUGUGGAGGCCCAGUCUGUUAAACAUAGCGGACGUGGGCGGUGACCAGCAGCAGUGGUCGCAGGCGUUCGUGAACAUCUCCGCGGACGUCACUCAGGUGCUGUUUGAGACAACCAGUAGUGUAAUCGAGACUCUGGCUGCGAUCGACAACGUGGAGUUGAAUCCAGAAGCCUGCCCGAGUGACGAUGUGUGUUACGAGGCGGUCAAUGCUGACGAUGGUGUCAUCGUGGCCAAUCCUUCUGAUGGCAAUGUGACCUCAUCGUGCAUCUGGGAAAUAACGGUCUCCACGGGAAAAAUCAUUCAGCUUCAACUGAACCUAAAUCUGAUCUAUAACUCGUACUGUGCAUCUAUUAACAACGUUAAAAAUGGGUCGUUGAGCCAAAUUAAUCCGUCCUAUUAUAACUCAAAUCCAUAUCAAUAUUACUCUUCGGAAAAUCAGCUCAUCGUCAGAUUUAACAAAGGGUGCUCAAAUCAUUCAAGUUAUAUUAUUGGGAACUUCACUGCUAUAAACCCAAAUGAGAUAUUUGGAUGUGGAGGGAUUUUGAACAACACCUAUGGAUGGAUAUCUUCCCCAAACUACCCAAAUGACUACAGCUACAAUCUGCAUUGCGAGUGGAGAUUCGAGGCACCAGAUGACGCAGAAAUUUACGUGACUUUCUACAUAACUGACAUUGAGGAAUCCGAUGGAUGCACCGCAGACAGUCUCCAGAUUUACAAUGAAAGCACCACGGUGUCCGACAGGCUUUGCGGGACCUAUGUAUACAGGAGAGUCACAUUGACUGCACCAGCGAGGAUUGUGUUCACGUCUGACGGGCAAAACGAAGGUCGUGGGUUUGAAAUGUACUACAGAGUUUCCGUGCCAUGUGGGGGGAACAUGUCUGGGUGGCAAGGUUCAAUUUCGACCCCGUAUAAUGGUGGUGUGUACAACCAGUACUGUGUCUGGACAAUAGACACGCCACCCAACACCAUCAUCAAGCUUUCCUUCCAACAAUUCAGCAUUCCAUACGAGUACAAAAUUGACAUUUACGAUGGAGCAACUCAGGAGGCUCCUUACCUUGGCCGAUUCAGUGGAGACAUUGUUCCACCUCCAAUUCUGUCCACGGGGAAUUCUCUCUACCUCUAUUUUUACAGCCCGAGUAGCUACUACUAUCCAACAUUCAAUAUCUUCUAUGAAGCGAUGAAGAUCGAAACGGUUGCCGUGCUGCAGUCUCCCGGGAGAAUCUCGUCCGGUGGCGUGACCCCGUUCUACAACGACACCUUGUUCUUCGUGUGGGAAGUGAACGCCGGCCCAGGCCUCAACGUCAAACUCAAUUUCUCAUUGCUUAGACUGGAGGACGACCCCCUGUGUCUCAAUGAGAGCCUCACCGUCUAUGACGGGUGGAGGUCUCCAAACACCAGCCUUGGCUCCUUCUGUGGGUCCAGGCUGCCCCCAUCCGUGCGAUCGACAUCUUCUAGCCUCCAGCUGCUCCUCCGCCUCCGAAACAAUCAGCCCUGGAAAGGGUUCGACCUGAGCUUUCUUGAAACUUCGCAGGUGCCAUCUAUGAAAGGAUGCGGCGUCCAAUACUCUGCGGGUGGUAGGGACCGCAUUGUUGGGGGGACGCCCGCCACGAGUGGCAAGUGGCCCUGGCAGGCAAGCCUCCGCAAUUACGGGAGCCACGUGUGUGGCGCCAGUCUCAUAUCCGAGCGCUGGCUCGUAGCGGCUGCUCACUGCUUCAUGUACAACAGCGACGUCUACGAGUGGCAGGUGUACCUGGGCAUCACGUACAUCUACGACAGCGCUAACGCAGUGAUAGUGAACGUGGCUCAGAUCAUCACUCACGAGCGUUUCAACAUCAGCACCAUUGACUACGACAUUGCCCUGGUGCAGCUGAGUGACCCCGUCUCUUUCAACCACCGCGUCUCACCGAUCUGCCUGCCACCGAGCACCAGCCAUUUCCCACAGCCCGGCAAGACCUGCUUCAUCUCGGGCUGGGGACGGACAUCAUUGGCCGAGAGCGGCAUACACUAUGACCUCCUGGAAGCUCCCAUGCAGAUCUUCAGCCAUGAAGCCUGCUCGUCGAACCUGAUGAACGGGGACUUAAUCACGACACGCAUGAUCUGCAUCGGACACCCUGCCGGUGCAAUAAGCUCCUGCCAGGGAGACUCGGGGGGCCCCCUCGCCUGCCAGGGCACAGACAAGGCCUGGUAUCUGAGCGGUGUCACCAGCUGGGGCUUUGGCUGCGCUCUCCCCAUGAAACCCGCCGUCUAUACCAAGACCAGCAAGUUCCUGCCGUGGAUCAAGCGGUACACAGACCUGCCCUGAGGACGGAUGAACGAUGCACACGGGCGGUAGUUCUACAAUGUUCAUUGCUCGUCAGGGCCACCAGAUGGCGCUCUAGACGAGUGGUUUGCCGCUUGCGUUUGAAUUUAAUUUUAACAAGCCCCAAAGUUACUGUACGUGAUAUCUCAGCAAAGUUCGAAAAACGUCAUGUUUUGAGGCUCAAAGCUCAUCAUUGCUAACUUGACUUUGUGUUUCCCAAUCUGAAAUCAGUUUCUUUUCGUACAUCGUUGGGUUAAGGAAAAUAAGCGAAAUUAUUCGAUCAGGGAAGUAUAUUUUACUUUGAUUUAGGGAAAAUAGAUCUUUUUUUUAGACAGAUAUGUUUUAACUGUCUUGGGUGUAUUUGUCAUAACUGGAAAAGGAAAUAAAUAUGUUGCUUUGCACGUU